GAGAGCUGCUGUAAUUUCUGACCCACUUCCUCUCUCUCGCUCUCUGAGGGGGUGGGGCGAGUGUGUGUUUAUAUGUAUUUGAGGCAGAGUUUUAUCAGUGUGACCCAGCUGUGUCUCUAUAACCCCGUCACUGGUGUGACAGAGGACACUCUCCUUCUGUAGGCCUGUAUUUCAGCAGUCGUGUAGUGGUGCGUCAUACUGAGUGUGCUGGUAUGAAGUGUGUGUUCCUCCUGGUUCUCCUCUGUGUGUUGGGGGCUGAUGUGUGCUUGGUUGAGGCCACAUGUCCGCGAGCGUGUUCCUGCCGGGCCGGUGUGGUGGACUGCAGCAAACGGGGACUCACCACUGACACACUGCCUUCAUCUUUCCCAACUGACACCACAGAGCUUCUUCUCCAUGAUAACCUCCUCACCGCUCUGCCCACUGGACUGCUGGACACACUGUGGACCCUGCGGCGGGUCACUCUGCACAGGAACUCCUGGACGUGUGACUGUGCAGUGCUCUAUUUGAGGGGGUGGCUGUUAAAACACGACAAUGAUGCACUGAUACGGAACGUGAGCUGCACUUCUCCUCCAAGCCUGCGGGGGAGGCUGGUGGCACAUCUGGUUGAGGAGGAGGUUCUGAGCUCCUGUCGUUACUGGCUGUGUGACCUAGCCUUGGCCUCUCAGGUCAGCCUGUUUGUCUUCAUCAUUGUACAGGCGAUUCUUCUGGGUGCGGUCGUCCACUUCCUCCGCCGCUUCAACCGGCUGACCUAUGAUGCCCGUCGCUCAGCUCAUGCUGACGGAGUAUCAGAGGGAGACAUGUUACUGAAGGACAGAGACUCCUGAGGAAUGAGGUUGAGAAAACUCACUCCAGUAGUUCCCAAGUCUAAUCCCGGAGUACCCCUAUCCUAUAUAUCCACCUAUAUAUUCACCCAUUAUGUGUUAGUGUGUGUUGCACAGAGUAUGGCAUGAGUAGAUCAGAUACAGCAGUGCUGGACCACUCAUUGUCCACUAUAUUAGCAACUCCUACCUAGGGUGACCAGAUUUGGGUUUCUGAAAAGGAGGACACCUUCGGUUUUAUUGAAUUCAUGUCUAAUAUGUAUUUUCUGAAUUUCUCUGAUAUAACAGCUCAAUUCUAAUUCUUCAGGUUAAAGGUGCUUCCUCCUUUAAACAGCUACAACAUGUAUUUGUAUCAGCCUACAAACACAGCUGCUUUAUGAAUUCAUGCAAUGCAACUAUGUCUUAAAAGCAUUUGACACUGUUUUACUCUUAUUCAGUGUGGGCAUACCUUUUGCUAAUAUUAUUUUUACAUUUUUUACACUUACUUUUUAAGUUAACUGAUCAUUUAUCAGUUUUAAAAUCACUUGUUUUAGUGCUUUUUAAAACAUGUUGAUCCACAGCAUAGAGGCUUCAAAGCUCAAACUAUGCAACCUUUCAGCACCUUAAACCCAAAUAUCUAACAUAAAAUUAUGUAGCCUAAAAUACACACUUAUCAGCCACUGCUAAUCAUUCUCAUCUAAUAGAGCUAACGUUACCUCCAUCACCUCAAACUCCCUGUGUAAUCCUAACUUUACUAACGUUACCUCCAUCACCUCAAAGUCCCUGUGUAAUCCUAACUUGACUAACGUUACCUCCAUCACCUCAAAGUAGAUCGAUUUGAGGAGAAGGGCGUGACUAAUUUGCGAUACAGAGAAACCUAGAAUGGAGUGGAAUGGAACGGCGUGGCAAUGCACGAUUUUGAAAUUCCCCCCGGACAUUUUUUUAGGUCUCAAAAAUAUGUCCGGGAAAAAGAGGACGUCUGGUCAUCCUACUACUACCUACCACACUUUGUGUUGUUUAUCCUCUAUUCCUUUUUCAGUGGCCCACAGGACCCUGAUUACAGGACGCUGUUUGUGGACUAUUCUCAGUACCAAAGGAAAAACUAAAGUGUUUAAAAACUCCAGCAGCACUGCUGUGUCUGAUCUACUUCUUUCAGUGCAACACAUACUAACACACCACCAACGUCAGUGUCCCUAAAGUGCUGAGAUUGACCCACCACCCAAAAAACACCUGCUCUAUGGUGGUGGUUUGGGUCCUAUGGGUGUAGAAACAAUAAGAUUCUUCUGUAGAUUUUUAAAACAUAAGUAAUGUUUAUUUGAUCAAUUUAGCUUAUGUGUCAUAUAUCAUAUAUGUUUUAUACAGAUUUUUUUUAUUUAAAUUCAGUAAAUAGAAAUUGAGCUGUCAAAUUAGCAGUAUUUAGAGCAGGUACUCAAGGAGAGAAUUUGGGAACCACUAGUCAUUAGAUCACAUGUAGAAAAAGUUUUUUAAGUCUGUUGUGUUGGGUACAAAUGAAACAUUUAAACAUAUUUGGGAGAUUUUGGGUAGCUAUGCAGAAAGAUGUUCAUAGUUGUAUAGAGCAUAUGUUUAUUGUUUAUGUUUGCUUAUUUCAUACUGUAUGUUUCUUCUAAAAUAGGAAAUUGAAUUUUGAAUAUUGAAUAUUUUGAGAACUGAGUAGUAAGCUGUAAAAGUGUAGUUUUGAUAAUAAACUGUGUGUGUGUGGGGGGGGGGAAGGUAAAAUUAUAAAAUGUUACAAGAGCAGUGAUAGCUUUUUUCUAAAAUGAAAUGCUGUCUGUUUUUUUUUUUGUGUUUUGUGUUCUACAUUUGUUUUUUUGUUUUGUUUUGUUGUUUUUUUCAAUUUAAUGUGACACUUAAAGUACCCUUUGACUUUUGAAAAUUCCAAAAACUAUAAUAUAGAAUUCAGAUAAUAUAGAAUUCCCCUAGUUCAUAUGGGUGAAACUGCUUCCAGAUUUUAAAUGCAUUAUAAUUGUAUCACAUUAUCUGGUAAGCAAUUGUAAAACAAUGGUAAUAUUUUGAAUCACUGCUGAUACAUAAUUGCUCAUUUUAAACCAAAAAUCAGGCACUCCAAAAAUAUACAACAUUUGAGACCCAAUGUGUUUUCUAUCAAGUGAUGCUGUAAAUCCAUAUUUUCAAUGUCAGCAUUUGAAAAAUAAAAGAACAUCUUAAACAAAAAA